GCCAGGGGUGCUUGGCUGCUGUUCCUGCCGGGCGAGUUCUCAGCAUGGCCGCCCAGUCUCCUCGAGGCUCCCCCUCCCUGGUCGGCAGCCAGCAGCAGCAGAUACCUGAUACUCGGGUUGUGCAAGCGCGAAGGGGGAGCCUGGCCCUGCCCGGCCCUUGGGAGCCACCCGGAAGGCCGAGCCCGCCGGCCCCACCUGGAGAGGAGCUUAAAGGCCGGCCGGGCGGCCACAGCGCAGCCGGUUCCUGCACCAUGCCCACGGCCCGCAGCGUCCUCAUCUUGGCGGGGCUCCUGGCUCUCUGGGCAGAGCUGCCGGCAGCAUCCGCCCAGAAUGACACCACAAAAGCCGGCGUGUGCCCGAGCCCGGCGAUGGAUGCGGUGAACUGCACAGUGGGGUGCCAGUCCGAUGGCGACUGCGAGAGCACCCUCAAGUGCUGCCCGGCAGCCUGCGGCAAGGCCUGCCAGAAGCCUGACGAGAAGCCUGGCACCUGCCCACCCGUCAACCCGGGCAUCCCCAUGCUGGGCGUCUGCACCAACCAGUGCAAGACUGAUGCCAACUGCUCCGGGAUCCAGAAGUGUUGCAGGAACGGCUGCGGCAAGGUCUCCUGUGUGACACCCAUCCACUGAGGUGCAGCCGCCUCCUGCCAGCCCAGCCACAGGGAAGCUGCUGCCCGAUGCCCAUCCCACAUGCCCUGGCCGUGGCCCUGCACCAUCCCCCUGGCUUGGAGCCUUCAGCCUCAGUUUUCUCUCUGGGGUUCUCUGCUCAGGGCAAGCCCCUUGCACUCUCUCCAAUAAAGCAGCUUCUCCCUGA